GAUAGCGAGGAUACGGAACGCAUUCGUUAAAGUGGAGACAGCGAAUAUAUAUAAGAGGAUUCUAAAACGAAUUUUGAGUUUUACAUACUUCGUGUUAUUUCCAUAGUUCUUUUUAUACUAAUAUCUUUAUAGUGAAAUAUUUGUUUAAACAAAAUAGACGUACGCUAAAUCGCAUAUAUUUUUUUAUAUUUUGUGUUUGUGUAUCUGUGUCUAUUUUUCAAAUAAAGUUAAAGACCAUGCUAAAAAUGAAAUCAUUGCACAGAUUUGACAUUCGUAGAAUGAUUCAUAAAGCAUGUCUAGACCUAAGUAAAAUGGACAUGAAUCAAUUGAUUGCACAAUCUAAAGAAAUAUGGGAUAAUUCAUUUUGGGGAGGAUGUGAUAAUGACAUUAUAAUUAAGGAUUAUCAAGAUAAUGGCUUGUUCACUAUAAAUCGACCAAAAACUUUAAAUACUCUUACACCAGGAAUAUGUAAAAUAAUAACUGAAACGCUUCAAAAGUGGAACCAUAAUAAAAAAUUAAUAAUGAUAGAAGGAUCUGGUGAUAAGGCAUUUUGUUCAGGAGGAUAUCUUGGAAUGCCUCUAUCUUAUCAAUAUUUGAAAAAUGAAGAUUAUGAUUGGCAUAAAAUACAAACAUUUCAAGUAUAUUACUCAAUGAGUUAUUAUAUUAGUACAUUAAAAGUACCAUUUAUAGCUCUGAUGAAUAAUCUAACAAUGGGAAUGGGAUCUGCGAUAUCUCUACAAGCUAAAUAUAGAAUCGUCACAGAAAAAUCUCUCUAUGCUAUGCCUGAAGUUUCAAUCGGUUAUUUCCCCGAUUCCUCAUCAUGCUAUACUUUUCCUAGAUUACAAAAUCAUAUAGGAUAUCUUUUAGGCGUUACUGGAUACAGAUUAAAAGGUACUGACAUUGUUCAUUCUGGUAUUGCCAGUCAUUUCGUUCCCUCGGAAAAACUAGAAGAUUUGAAAAAUGAAUUGCUUAAAUCUGAUAAUUCCAAUAUAGAAGAAAUUAUUAAUAAAUAUCAUGUUAAUACAUCAAAAAAUAAUUUUAGCCUUAAUCAGUAUAUAGACAUAAUUGAAAAUUGUUUCUCUGCCCCUACUGUCGAAGAAAUCUUAGAGAGAUUGGAAAAAGACAAUACGAAAUGGUCGAGGAAAAUUAUAGAAAUGAUAAAAGCAGCAUCACCAACUUCUUUGAAGUCGGCUCUUCUUAUUAUUCAAAAGGGAAAAGAUUUAGAUCUUGCUGAUUGUUCGAGAAUGGAUUGUAGAAUGGGUCAUCGUUUACUUUCACAAAAUUCCGAUAUUUUUGAAGGUAUUAAUACUACUCUUUAUGAAAAAGAUAGAAAACCACGAUGGAAUCCUGCACGUUUAGAGGAUGUACCAAUGGAUAAGAUAAAGCAUUAUUUAAGUAAUCUACCACCGGAAAAAGAAUUAAAAUUAUAAUAAAAACGAAGAAAUGAGAGGAGAAAGAAAACUAAACUAUUAGAAGUUAGGAUAUAGUAUUGGUCAUUUAAAUUUUCUUAAUAAUUUUUUUAACAACUUUUAAUAAUUUACAUAUGUUUUAAUCUAGAAAAAAAAAAAGAAAUUUCCUAUAAUUCAUCUAUAAAGAUUUUUUAAUUAUGUAAUUAUUUAAUCUUAAUGUUUUAAUAAUAAAGUUCUCUUACAAUCAGUCAAUUUUAAAUAAUAUUUAUAUAUAACAAAAUACUUUCUUGCAAUUUAAAUAUAAUGUCAUGUUUCUCUAUUUGUACCAUUUAUGUUUUACUUAUACAUUAAGUUUCUUAUAUACAUUGUUUUUAGAAACUUUCAAUCGAUUUAUAAUGAAAAUUAUCUUAUUAUUAUAAUAUUAUAUUACUUAUUUUAAUAAUAUUUAAUAAUAAAUAAGUAUCAAAUAUAUAUAUAUACGUAUUGCAAUAUAAAAAACUUUUUUAAGUUGUAUGUAUUAGAAUUGUAAUACUAUAAUCCUUCAAAAUCAGUUAUGAACUAAUUUUUAACUUUUCUCAUUAAUGAUAACAAUAAAUAAUAAAUAGUUUAUAUCUAAAUAUCAAUAUCAGUACAAAAUGAUUCCUGAUACAAUGAUAUUUAAUAAUCUACUAUUAGUACCAAUACGCAACUUUAGGAACACUCUGCAUGUAUACUGAAUUUUUAUAAAUAAUUACUUUGUUAUUUAAGUAUUUCAUAGAGUGUCUAUAUAGACACAAACCUUAUUUGCUCUUUCCUAAGAAGCAAAAUAA